UUAACGAAUAUAAAGAGAUACUGGUGAAUAGUAAAUAAAUGGUUUCAGACUUUUUUCUUUCAUAAAUACUUUUUUGUGAUAUGAACAUACUUCGCAAAAAUUAAAUUUGACAAAAAAAUUUAAGUACAUAAAAUUUCAAAUCGUGCUAAAUGGAAUAAAAUCGUGUAAAUAAAUUAAAAAUAUUCAAUUUUCAAACCGUGUUAUAUCAAAACCGUGUACAAAAAGACCGUGUAAAAACAGACUUAGGUGUAUUGGACUUUUGUUGCAAUUUUUUGACAAAGGAGUUAUAACUUCGAAAAUGUUUUUGAAUCGAAAUGUUUUGAAUCGAAAUACCUCAAAUCGGCUGGUUUAAGGAUGGAACCAGUAUAAAAGGACUAGAUUUAACUGUACUGAAAUCAUCGAAUGCCAAAUCAGAGCACAUAUAUACUUUUUAUAACAUCAGUCAUCAAAGUUUUUCACUCGUUUACAUUCUUUUAUGGUGUCCCUAACUGUUAUAAACCGAUGAUACCUUAGUUUUCUCUAAUUCAGCAAUUACUAUCGAUUCUGAUUACGAAAUCUCCAGGACAUCGAAAAUAUAUAUACAAGUGUAUACUCAAAAUUUUCUUCAUUCAUCAAAAAUAUUAUUAUUAACAAGUUAAAAAGCAGUAAGUUCGGCCGUGCCGAACUUUGAAUACCCUCCACCAUUUGAAAUUUGGUAAUUUUCAAAAAAUAAAAAUAGCCGUUAUAUUGGAGUCUAUACGAUGUGGACCUACAUAGGCAUUGCUUGUUAUAAGCCAUUACCAUAUUAUAAACGGGUAUAAUGUAGCAUCUUCAAAAUACCAUAUAUAGAGAGGUACCGUUAUAUCGGAGCUAUACGAAGACCUGGGGGGUUACUAUGUAACCCGAUUCGAUAGUUCGAAUGAGUCGAAAGUUGUAUUCGAUCCGAAUUUAAACUGGUACUAUGUAACAAUUUCGGAUCGACUAAAAAGUGCUGCAACUAAUUGGAUUUCUUUUGGCAGUACUUUCGAGUGUAUUAUUUAAAGUUGGCAGCAUUUAUUUCGUGUAACGUCAAAACAUCACCAAUAAAGGCAAACAAAAAAUAUUUAUUUUUUCGCGCCGCGAAACGGAAAAUGGAUUCGGUUGCUCUUUGGUCUCAAAAUGACGAUGAGCGAUUGGAACGUAAAAUCAUACGCGAUGGUGUAGACUUAAUGGAGUUAACGGAUGCAACGUAAGCAACAAUUAUAUAAAUAUGGUGUAAAUUUCUACAUAUUGCAAUGAGUUAAUAUUUUCAGCUUUGUUAGAAAUUUUCGGCUUAACAAGGAAGCAUUUAAUUACGUGCUGGACAACAUUAGAUCGAAGCUGCCAACAUCCCUGAGGUCUACUAGUGUAACUCCAAUAGUAAAAUUGGACGCUUAACUUAAGUUUCUUGGGCAAGGUGGUUUGCUGGAUUGGCACAACAAACUGUGUUAAAGUGUAUAAGAGAAAUGUGCACCGCUAUAGAAGAGGUGUUGUGCCCAAAGCACAUAAAUUUCAUCAUGAGUCAAGAAGAAAGACGUGCGGCAAAAAAUUGCUUCUAUGCCAUGUCUGGAAUUCCAGGGAUAAUAGGAGCUGUUGAUGAUACCCACAUCCAAAUGAUAUGCGAUCACACAAUGCGUAUAAGAGCAGUGAAUGGCUGUUAUGGGGGAGCAUCACACGACUCUCACAUAUGGAACCUAUCAGAUGAGCGCCUAUUUAUGAAGAACGCUUAUGUAAAUGGCGACAAGUCGUCGUGGUUAAUAGGAGACUCUGGGUAUCCAUUGGAACCAUGGAUACUUACAUCGUAUAGGAGCGCCAACGAACAUUCCGCGGAAAGCAGAUUUAACAAGCGGUUUUGUAAGGCAAGGUUCAUAAUUGAGCGUGUGUUCGGCGUAUUGAAGGGGAGAUUUCUUUGCUUGCUCGCAGCACGCGAAUUGCAUUAUGCACCAGUCGCACAAAUAUUGAAUGUCUGUUAUGCAUUACACAAUGUUUGUUUGGAACAUAAUGUGGAACCACCUACAGAUAUAGCAUAUAUUGAAGAAGAAAUGGAAUUGACCUCCAACACAGCUUUAGAUUUAGAAGGAACAAAUCAAUUCUCAGCUGUAGCGCAAGCUUUAAGAGAUCAAAUAAAAAACAAUUUAUAA